CAGGGGACGCAUCCUUCGCCGCCCGCGGUCGCGCCAGCCGGGACGCCCGUGGCCAUCCAGAUCCCAGAGCUGGGGGCGGUUUCGCGGGCUCUGGGCCGCGCGGCCGGGGUCUCGGGAUUCGCGGGCCGCUUCCCCGGGGAGCCGCUGCUGCAAAGCCAGGUUGGGGCGGCCGGGCCUGGCCAGCGCCCUCUAGGCAGCGGAAGUGGAGCUAGCUUUACAUCCGUCCUCCCCGCCUCGCAGAGUUGGGAGAAGGCAGGCUGGGGGGGGGUGUGGAAAAAUAAAAGGAAAAGUCCUUGCACCAUGUAGAUCAGCGCCCCCCACCCUGGCACCCCGGCCGGGCGGGGACCUCCCAGUCUGCGACAUGAACUCGAGCAGCGAGGGCGAGAGCUUCCCGGGCUCGGUGCAAAUUCCAGGUGGCACAACGGUGCUGGUUGAGCUGACCCCCGACAUCCACAUCUGUGGCAUCUGCAAGCAGCAGUUUAACAAUCUGGACGCCUUUGUAGCUCACAAGCAAAGCGGCUGCCAGCUGACCAGCUCGUCUGGGGCAGCCCCCAGCACCGUCCAGUUUGUCUCGGAGGAAACAGUGCCUGCCACCCAGACCCAGACCACCACCAGAACCAUCACCUCGGAGACCCAGACGAUCACAGUUUCAGCUCCUGAAUUUGUUUUUGAACAUGGCUAUCAAACUUAUCUGCCCACGGAAAGUAAUGAAAACCAGACAGCCACAGUCAUCUCUCUCCCCGCCAAGUCACGUACCAAAAAGCCUGCAACGGCACCUGCUCAGAAAAGGCUUAACUGCUGCUAUCCAGGUUGCCAAUUCAAGACUGCCUAUGGUAUGAAGGACAUGGAGCGUCAUUUAAAAAUUCACACAGGAGACAAACCCCACAAGUGUGAAGUCUGUGGCAAGUGCUUUAGCAGAAAGGACAAGCUGAAAACCCACAUGCGGUGCCACACGGGUGUGAAGCCCUACAAGUGUAAGACGUGCGACUACGCUGCCGCCGACAGCAGCAGCCUCAACAAGCACCUGCGGAUACACUCGGACGAGCGGCCCUUCAAAUGCCAGAUCUGCCCGUACGCCAGCCGCAACUCCAGCCAGCUCACCGUCCACCUGCGCUCCCACACCGCUUCAGAACUAGAUAACGAUGGCCCCAAACCAACCAGCAUCUCUGCUGAAAGCGAUGACUCCCAGAAGGCCCCUGACAUCACCCUUCCCUCAGAGCCGAGGGAACAGACAGCCACCCUUGGAGAAAGGACAUUCAACUGUUGCUAUCCAGGUUGCCACUUCAAAACAGUUCACGGCAUGAAAGAUUUGGACCGUCAUUUAAGAAUCCACACAGGAGACAAACCGCACAAGUGUGAGUUCUGUGACAAGUGCUUCAGCCGGAAGGACAACCUGACCAUGCACAUGCGAUGCCACACCAGCGUGAAGCCACACAAGUGUCACCUGUGCGAAUACGCCGCCGUGGACAGCAGCAGCCUCAAGAAGCACCUGCGCAUACACUCGGACGAGCGGCCGUACAAAUGCCAGCUCUGCCCCUACGCCAGCCGCAACUCCAGCCAGCUCACCGUCCACCUGCGCUCCCACACCGGGGACACCCCCUUCCAGUGCUGGCUUUGUAGUGCCAAGUUCAAAAUCAGCUCGGACUUGAAAAGGCACAUGAUUGUGCACUCAGGGGAGAAGCCCUUCAAGUGCGAGUUCUGUGACGUCCGCUGCACCAUGAAGGCCAACCUCAAGUCGCACAUCCGCAUCAAGCACACAUUCAAGUGUCUGCACUGCGCCUUCCAGGGCCGGGACCGGGCUGACCUCCUGGCACAUAGCCGGCUGCACCAGGCCGACCACCCGGAGAAGUGUCCCGACUGCAGCUACUCCUGUUCCAGUGCGGCUGCCUUGCGUGUGCACAGCAGGGUCCACUGCCAGGACCGUCCCUUCAAGUGUGACUUCUGCAGCUUCGACACCAAGCGGCCCAGCAGCCUGGCCAAGCACAUCGACAAGGUGCACAGGGAUGAGGCCAAGACGGAGAACCGGGCCCCACAGGCCAAGGAAGGGCCCAGGGAGAGCAGCUCUCCACAUGUGGCCAAGAUAGUGACCCAGAGGGCCUUCCGCUGUGACACCUGUGGUGCCUCCUUUGUCAGGGAUGACUCUCUGAGGUGCCAUAAGAAGCAGCACAGUGAUCAGAGUGAGCACAAGAACUCAGACCUGGUCACCUUCCCUCCUGAAAGCAGCGCCUCUGGCCAGCUUGGCACCCUGGUCUCCGUGGGACAGCUCGAGACUCCCCUGGAGCCCAGCCAAGACCUCUAGUUCAGCCAAAGGAUUGUCUGCUGGUGGGAAUUCCAGACAAAUGCUGUUGCUCAGACCUCCAAGGCGAGGCCGUUCAGCCAGACUCUGGGCAUGGCACAGAGCUGGCUGCUCCAGCUGAAAGGCCUGCCAAGCCAUGGCUGGGGUGACAGUGGUGUGAGGACGAAGCAGUGCCAUGGAGACACUUCUCCACAGCCCCAUCUUCCCUCGAAGAGUUCCCUAAGCAAUCUGACUGACUGUUCAUAGGCUCCCUGGGAACUGCUCUAUCCCAUACAGAUAGCUGCUCCGUGAUAGAUUCCAGUUUUAAAACUGAUCCAUCUCUGAUGGAAUUAAGCUAGUUAGGUGACAGAGAAAACUUAAACGAAACUUAGUGGGAAACUCCCCUUAAGUGGAAAGAUCCUCGGAGGGUCUAGGGUGGCUGGAGAAGUUCUGUUUCUUAACCUGGGUGGUCAUUAUGAGUGUUCGCCUUACACCUUUGUGUGGUUUCUUGCCAUUGUCUUACAAUAAAGGCAAACUCUUGGUA